AUGUUGCGACAAGUACUGCACGAAGGGCUCAAGACAUCUUUUCACAAGCUGGGCCACUUUGUUGCAAACCAUCCGGUAUUCUUCGCGUCUGCGCCCAUGCUUAUCUCUAUUUUGCUCGGGGCAAGCUUCAGUAGGUACCGCAUAGAGGAAAACGUGGAGUACCUGUUGGCCCCUAAACACAGUUUAGCGAAGAUAGAGGGUAAUUUGGUAGACAGUCUGUUUCCCGUAAACAGAUCGAAGCACACCUUGUAUUCGGACCUUCAGACUCCAGGCAGAUACGGCCGUGUUAUCAUUACCUCUCGCAGAGGGAGCGUUCUGGAUCCUCGUCAUAUUGACCUAGUCUUGAAGCUUCACAAUACCAUCACUCAGAUCCAAGUGCCCAUGUUAGGCUUCAAUUACACCUUCGCCCAUCUCUGUCUCCUCGAUGACAACAAGAGCUGCAUUGUUGAUGACAUCUUGCGGGCUCUAGAGGAAAUCCGCUCCGCACGGGCUUCCAACCGCACCGUCCCGCCCCUGCGCUACCCCAUCACGCGCUUGCGGGACGGACGCGAGGCCUACAUCGGGCACCAGUUGGGCGGAGUCCAGGCAGUGGGCGGGGGACGCGACGGUGUACGGUCUGCCCGCGCCCUCCAGCUCACCUACUACCUGCAGGCGGUCAGUCCGCUAAACGAGAUGGUGGCAGCUCGUUGGGAGCUCCAGUUCUGCCGGGAGCUGGAACGUUUUGAGGAGGCUCAUCCGGAGCUCAGCCUAUACCCUUUCACCUCCUCUUCGCUGCAAAGAGACUUCCAGAGAACAAGUCGCGUAUCAGGGAGGCCUCUGCUCUUCAGUCUGGCCGUCUGUCUCUCUCUGGCAGUGCUUUGCUGUUCCAUGAGGGACUGUGUGCGCACCAAGCCGUGGUUGGGCCUUCUAGCCUUGGUCACUGUCAGUCUUGCUACCCUCACUUCCGCCGGCAUCUUCAACCUCACUGGGAGCAAGUACAACUCCACCUACCUAGGCAUUCCUUUCGUCAUGCUGGGUCAUGGUUUGUUUGGCACGUUUGAAAUGCUGUCGUCAUGGCGACGGACACGGGAAGACCAGCAUGUGAAGGAGCGUGUGGCUGCCGUGUUUUCUGACUGUAUGUUACCCUUCACAGCCAGCACUGCCCUGCACCUGGUCACCUUUGGCAUCGGCGCCAGCCCUUUCACCAACAUAGAAGCAGUACGCCUGUUCUGCAGGAAUGCCUGUCUCUCUGUGCUCUUCAACUACCUCUACAUCCUCACCUUCUACGGCUCUAACCUGGUAUUCGCUGGCUACCUGGAGAACAACUAUCGGCAUAGUCUUUUCUGUCGCCGUGUACCCAAACCAGAACUGCUACAGCAGAAGCCAGCAUGGUACCGUUUCCUUAUGUAUACGCAGUACAAUGAGGAGGCCUCGGAUCCUGGUGACCUGCACGCCUACGAGAGCCACCUGCUGGUGGCCUUUAUGAAGCGCUACUACUGCGAUUGGAUCACCAACACCUACGUCAAACCCUUCGUGGUGCUCUUCUAUCUGGUCUACAUCUCCUUUGCCCUUAUGGGGUACCUGCAGGUGAGCGAGGGCUCCGACCUCAGCAAUGUGGUGGCUACGGAGACCAGCACCAUCGCUUACACGCGGGCUCAGCAACGUUACUUCAGCAGCUACAGCCCGGUCAUUGGUUUCUACAUCUACGAAUCCAUUGAAUACUGGAAUGCAAGCGUGCAGGAGGAUCUUUUGGAGUAUACCAAGGGUUUUGAACGUAUCUCUUGGUUCGAGAGUUACCUGAACUAUCUGCAUGGGCUGAACAUUAGCACCAAUCUGUCGCGCAGCAAUUUCACUGAACGCCUGCGUUCUGGCUUCUUACGCCAACCUCGUUAUUUACACUUCUCUGACGAUAUCAUCUUCGCCAAGCGUGCCGAUGGCGAAUUCGAUGUGGUGGCUUCACGUAUGUUCCUAGUGGCCAAAACCACAGAGAAUAAGCGGGAGGAGAUGUCCAUCUUGUUGGACACAUUGCGGAAAUUGUCACUGACCUCCAGGGUGAAGUUUAUCAUCUUCAACCCAUCUUUUGUGUACAUGGACCGUUACGCUUCCUCGGUUGGAGCUCCUCUCAAGAACUCUUGCAUUGCUGCGCUCUUCAUGCUCUUCUUCUCCACCUUCCUCGCAGCAGAUCCACUGGUGAAUGCCUGGUUGACGGUGACGGUGGCUUCGGUGGAGUUUGGGGUGGUCGGUUUCAUGACUCUGUGGCAGGUUGAACUUGACUGUGUCUCUGUAUUGUGUCUUAUCUAUGGCGUGAACUAUGCGGUGGACUCCAGCGCCCCACUGGUAUCGGCUUUUGCCCUGGGCCGGGAGUCCACACGCACACGUUGGGUAAAGCUGGCAUUGGAGCGUCACGGUGUACCUGCCCUGCAGAGCUACCUGUGCUACGGCGCCGCUCUGUUGCCCCUGGCCGCCGUACCCUCUAACCUGACCCGCACACUAUUCAGGUGUCUCUUCCUGACUGCACUAAUCACUGCCUUCCACUGUCUGGCAAUUCUACCUGUUCUCCUCACCUUUCUCCCACCCUCAAAGAGAAAGAGGAGAGAGAGGAAGCAUGCUGCAGAGCACCGGGAAGAGAUUGAGUGUGUGGAGAUGGUGGACAGCACUCGUGUGGUCGACCAGAUUACCACAGUCUGA